GUCCGAAUCCUUUGACGUACGCGCUACUAAAAGGUAUUAGAAAAUUUUCAAAACAUGGCUGGCGAAGUUGUCGUCGACGCUUUACCAUAUUUUGAUCGCGGUUAUGAUGAGCCAGGAGUGAGAGAAGCGGCUCUGUCACUUGUGGAGGAAGAAACUAGAAGAUACAGACCUACUAAAAACUACCUUGAAUAUUUACCAGCACCAAGCUACAAUGCUUUUGAGACUGAAAUAAUGAAAAAUGAAUUUGAAAGGAUGCAAGCACGAUUACCAAUGGAAAUGUUGAGCAUGAAGAGAUAUGAACUGCCUCAGCCAUCAGCUGGUAAAAUGACAGAUAUAUCAGCAUGGACAGAAUGUGUAGAUAACUCCCAAGCACAGCUGGAACAUCAAGCUCUGAGAAUUCUUAACUUGGAGUUGAUGGCAGACAAUGGAUCCAAUGCUUGGAAACAAUACAACACAAUCCUGGUACAGAUGAUGGAAAAUGCCCAGAAACAUCUGCAAGAUCUCAGAAAGCAAAUUCAAGAAAUUAAUUGGAGGAGAAAGAGUGAACAAACAGAGGCUGGAAACAAACUGAAGGAACUAGAAGACAGCUGGGUUGGCCUUGUAAGCAAAAAUUAUGAGAUAGAGCGAGCUUGUGUGGAACUGGAAAAAGAAGUGACAAGUAUAGAACAGAAAAAAGCAAAGGAUAAAAGGUAGCAGUGGGAAGAAUUCAAAAUUCAUUUUAUCAUGCUGUUCAUAAUCAUUGCAGGAAGACACAUUUUGAGACAUAGACUUUGGACUCAUUACAUGUACAUUGUAUAUUUGUGUUGCAAGUGUUUUAUGUUUGUACAUUUACUGACAUUAUGUGAAAAUGUCUAGACAACUUUUUUUUUUUUUAGAAUAAAAUUCUUUGAAAGUUGAA